CUUUCUUCCAAACAAGUUCGUUCAAAUCAAGUUUUUUUUUUUUUUUUUUAAGUCAUCAUGCUUUUCAUUUCACGAAUACAAAAUCGUAUGCCUUUGAUUAGCAGUUUUAUAAAUCUUCCUUGCCAAAAGUUAAUAGCUAAAAGACUUUGCAUUCCUAUUGUUACUCAAUCAAAUGAGAUGUCUUCCAAUUUCUCUAAUAAGUUAAAUGACUCAACUCCAUCUAAAUCUUCUGAAAAAUUUGGUACGUUGAAAAAGUCUUUGGAGCCAUCAGUGAGAAAUACAAAAGUUAGUCCAAGAGUUAUAAAAAUUAACAAAAAGACACUUGAAAAACAUCGAUCUGACGCAGGUGAUGAAUUUGGAAACUUGUCGGACACAAAACCUGUUUACUAUCCAGAUGUACAUGAAGAUCCUAAAGAAGAUAAUGAACAAGACGACGAUAGUGUAAUAGUGAAAAAUUUAAGCAAGAAAUUGCGUUGUCCAAGAGCUAUAUUAUCCGAAAUGAAAAAAUUAGUAAAGGAAAAAAAGAUCAAAGAAGCUCUUGGGUUCUUUGUCACCAUGAAAAGAAAUCAGGUAGCUCCAAUUCAUCCUCAUUACACAUAUAUGAUUGGUGUUUGUGGACGUAUAGGAUAUACAGAAAUGGCAUUUAAGCUCUUAAGACAGAUGACAGACAGAAAAAUGCAGCCUACUCCAGCAACUUUAACUGGACUGUUCAAUUCCUGUGCUGAAUGUCCUUUUCCAGAAUAUGGAUUAGAGAAAGCAAAACUGCUGAAGGAAAAAAUUGAAGCAAAAAAUUGGCAUUUAACUCAAAUUACAUACCAUUCUAUGAUAAAAGCGUUUGGAAAGUGUGGAGAUAUUCAAACGGCAUUUCAGAUUGUUGAUGAAAUGACAAAAGCUGAUAUCAAGAUAGAUGCAGUCACCUACAGUUUUCUACUUAUGAGUUGCAUUGCAAAUAAGGAAGCAGGUUUUACGCAUGCUGUAGAGGUGUGGAGACAGAUGAGGAAAAGAAAAAUAGUUCCUAAUCUUUUCACAUGCAAUUUGCUUCUGCGUGCCACCAGAGAUUGCAGUAUUGGACCUGAGGAAAUAUCUUCUCUGCUGCUUCAGCAUUGGAGCAGUUUUUCCAGAAGGCCUUAUGGGUUCGAGGCGAAGAAAGAUUCAUCUCAGGAAGAUAUUUUAAGUUUACCUUUUGUUGAAACAAAUCAAAACACAUUCAUAGAUUCAAAUGUCUCUGAUGCUGAAUCUGAAGCAAAACCAUCUCCGAGGAAAGAAUGUGAGAAAAUUUUUCAGGAAAAUGAUGAAAAAAUCAAUGAUUUGGUGCAGUAUGAUCUAAAAAAUGCUGUUGGGAAAGUAUCUAAACAAGAAACAAGUGUACUUCUUGCCAGGCCAAAAGAUGGACCAGAAAUACUAGAACUUCUAAAUAUUAAUAAGCCCAGUGAUAGGUUGCUACUAGUUGGUGGUAUGGAAGGUUUCUUGAAAUACUUGAAAGAAAUCAAAGUAAAACCAGAUAUCAAAACUUUUAUGCUGCUUCUUGAAUGCCUACCAGCUGAUACUGAACAAGAAGAAAAAUUAUUGAAUCUAUUAGAUUUUCACAAAGUAAAACCUGACAUUGAUUUUUUCAACAUUUUGAUCAAAAGGCGGAACUUCCGAAGAGAGAAUGAAAAUGCUCGAAAAGUGCUACUUUUGGUGAACAAAUAUGGGCUAGAAGUUGACAUAGCUACAUUUGGUGUACUUGCAACAGGGUGUAGAACUCAUUAUCAAGCAGUUAAUUUUCUAAAUGAGAUGGAAAAAUUAGAGUUAUGUCCCAACAAUGAAAUUAUUGGUGCCUUAAUUGGAAAUGCUUGUUACUCUGUGAACUUUAAUUAUCUGAAGCUCGUUUUAAAAUUUAUUGAAGAAAAAGAAAUCAAACCAAAUGAUCGUAUCAUAUCAAAAAUAGAAGGAGUUUUAAACACAGCAAGAAACAACAUAAUAAAAUAUGAACGUGGUGAAGAGACUUUGCCUGUGUAUCAAAACAAAGAAUUUGCCAAAAAUUAUAAGGCUUUUUGCAUUUUUUAUGAAGAAUGGCUCAAAAAUAUGGAUUUUGAAAUUCCACAACAUCCUUGGUCGCAGUACAGUACUGAAAUAAUUGAUAAAGCUAAGAAGGAAGAAUUGUGUAAUUGAAGUUUGAUAAUUGAUUUGGAAAUUAAGAAAAGAUGAAUAGUAUUUUUCAGUUUUUGUUGCAGUCAGUGUUGGAUCGGUUUUUCCAACCCAAGGUGAAAACUGUCACCUUCACCAAUCCUCUUUAUAGUUUUAUAUAUAGAGUUUCAACAGAAAACCCCACAGAAAUAAGGUGAAUUUGCUGCUUCUCAGCAGUUUCUGUCUGGUACAAGGGCCCGGCCACUUUUCCACUAGAUCCGGCACUGGUAGCAUAAAAUCUGUCCACAUAAGAACUAAAGGUUACUACAGAACAUACUCGGGAUGAACCAAAAAUUAGUUCCAAGUUGAGUUCGGAUGUACGAAAGUGGUUUUGUACGUCUUUUGCGGUUACAAAAAGUGGUUUUUCAUCCAAAAGCGUCUUGAACUGUCCAAAAGUAAGCUCAAGCGUCUAAUCUCACCGAUUUGAAUCCACUGCAAUAUAAGUGAUGCAUAAAUAUAAAUCAGUUGUAAUUUAUGAAUAUUCAAUAAUAUUUUUUCCUCGGAAAAGUUUAUAACCAAAAAAAACUUUUACAUAAAGAAAAAAAUGGUUAAUAGCCCUAUUACACAUAAACUUCCUUAUGUUACAAUUAGUAGUGUUACAAAGAGAAACUCACAUUUCCAUCAAGUAACUAAUUUUAGUUCCAUUUAUCACUGAGAAGAAUGCUAUAAAUGUGUAAUUAUUUGAACGGAAAAAUAGCUUUUUUUUAAAAAGUGGUUUAUGAUAAUGUUUUACAUACUGUAACAAAAAAUAAUAUAUACAGUCUGCUCUUGAUAUCAAGGGAUCAACUAAACCCUUCAAGUUAUUAGUAGUUUGAGUUAUGAGAAGUUUCUCACAGUCUUACCAAGAGUUUGGGACCCAAUGAAAAACUUGUUAUAAGGAGUCAACUGUAUAUAAACAGAUCAACUUUAGUUUGAAUUAAAUCUGAUAAAAAUGUAGGCACUAAAUUUCAAAACUAGCAAAAUGUUUAUUUUUUUAAUAAUAUUUUAAAUAUAAUAUAUUCUGUAACCACUAUUAAAAAAAAUCUAGUAACUUUAUAAAAGAUAGUCAGCAUCUUGAGCAUUUCGUGGAAAUUUAGUGUCAGAGCAUGAAAUGGUACUCUUGUCAUUUCAUUGCAACAGUCCAAAGAACAAAGCUGCACCUAAGCUAAAAAAAAAAAGGAGUCUCAAAUACAGUGUGUCCAUAAAAUCACAGUGCACGUUUGACCGGUCACAGGAAAAAAACAAAAUAAACUUGAAAUCUUCAAUAAAUAAAAGGAAAACUAUUCAAGUUACCGUUGUAUGAUGUGUAAAGUUGUACAUGCACAGGUGAUGCUUUUUCCAUUUUCUUUAUGGAGCAGAUUGUAAAGGCAAACAACCAACUGCACAUGUUAGAGUAGUGCAGUGCCAAACACAGCAGGUGUCAUCUUUCAACCUGAUGUUGCUCCUCCACACAAGAGUUUCUGGAUACAACAAUCCCCCCAGCAGUGACUUCUGAUGUAUGGCAAAGGUUCCGUAAACUAUGGCCACCCCAAUCUCGGAUCUGACGCCUUUAGAUUUUUACUUGUCGGGGUUAUGUGAAACAACAUCUGUACAGUGAACAUAUCGACUACACUAACCAUUUAAAACACAGAAUCAUAGAUGUUAUUCAUUCUGUUACACCUGACGUCCUUAACUGUGUGUGGAACAUUGCAAGCAGUUUUAAGCUAUUAUCUUUUUUACAAGUUGCAAUAUUUUUUUCUUCAGCCAGUGUUCAACAUUUUUUACUCUUAAAUGUCAACUUUUAUUUCAAGUAUACAAGCACUAACAUCUUUUCAAUAUGAUUUAAGCAAGUUGAUUGCUGUAAUGAGUUGUCAGUCAAAAGCAAAAAUAUUUUGUAUAAAAUAAUCUCAUUGUUUAAAUUAUAUAAAAG